AUAAUUUGUGCUUCAGUGUCUUGUCAGUGGUGGAAGAGAUACUCUGGAGCUGCUGCAGUGUGUCUGGGGCUGCUGUGUGUUCUCCUACUGGCUGGGAUCACAUGCCUGUUACUCUACCAGAGAAACCAAUUGACCAGUUAUAACAGCCUGACCAAAGAGGGAGACCAGUUACAGACAAGCGACAACAACCUGACUGCAGAGAGAGACCAGCUACAGACUAGCAACAACACCCUGACCAAAGAGAGAGACCAGCUACAGACCAGAUACAACACCCUGACCAAAGAGAGAGACCAGCUACAGACCAGAUACAACACCCUGACCAAAGAGAGAGACCAACAUACCAGCGACAACACCCUGACCAAACAGAGAGACCAGCUACAGACCAGAUACAACACCCUGACCAAAGAGAGAGACCAGCUACAGACCAGAUACAACAGCCUGACCAAAGAGAGAGACCAGCUACAGAAAGAGACAGAACGUCUGAAACAAUCUUUAGUUGAGAAAGUGUGUCCUCAAGGAUGGAAGAAGCUUGGUAGCAGUUGUUACUACGUCUCUACUGAGUUAAAAUCCUGGGAGGAGAGCAGACAGGACUGCAGAGACAGAGGAGCAGACCUGGUGGUCAUCAAGAGCCAAGAACAACAGACUUUUGUCAAUUGGUUAUGUGGAGUAAAGAAAUAUGUCUGGAUUGGUCUGACUGACUCUGUUACUGAGGGGACCUGGAAAUGGGUGGACGUCACACGACUGACCACAAAGUAUUGGAACAGUGGUGAGCCCAAUGGUGGAAGAGCUGAGAACUGUGCGUAUUUCUACUCCUGGUCAUCAGACACAGGAGAAUGGUGGGACUAUGACUGUUCCUAUAAAUACAGAUGGAUCUGUGAGAAAUAGGAUUCAUCCUCUGUACUCUCUGAACUACUAAAUAAGAUUAUGCUAAGUACUAUCAAUGAGAAACUAUUUUCUGCUUAUUCAAUAUACCUUGUCAAGUACAUACAAUAUAUAACAAUACAAAUGUAUAAUACAUUAUAAUAAAAAUAACAGACCAUAUGCAAUAGCAAUACAAUUAAUUGAUAACUCAGAAAGACUGUUCUCUCUGUUAUCGUGGA